GCGUCACUGCUGCCGGAUGAUCACAAUAGACUCUUUCUAGCUAUCGAAAUACUUUAUAAGCGCCCACUUCGACUGUAUCAAGGUCCUUCGGACUCGACCUUGCUUGUUCUUCAUUUUAUAGCGAUCUAAUCCAUCAGUUAUCUCGCUGCCAGCUUUCUCUUUUCGCAACAGCCUUGUACUCGCGGUUUGCAGCUGUUUGCAUCAUCUCUGGAGGAUUCGCUAUUUGCAAUAAUACCUAAUCGCCCACACAGUGUACUAGCAUCCCACUUUACCUAUCCUUCACUUUUUCAAACCAGGAAGCCUUUACCACAUUGCCCACCAUGGAUGGCGAUGUAGUAGCUCAGUUUACUGAAAUCACCGGCUCCAAACCGGAGCUGGCAACUCAGUAUCUACAACUGACCGAUUUCAAUAUUGAGCAAGCAAUGCAGCUUUACUUUGAGAACGGCGGCGCACCUCUAACUGAAGAACCUUUGCCGUCGACUUCUGCAUCCCAGGGUGGCCCCCGCACAAGGGGAUAUGAGGACCAGUCGGGGGUUGUCCACGUCGAUUCCGAUGACGAUGUCGCCAUUGACGAAGCACGAUCGGCACCUAGUAAUCCACCGACGCAUUUCGAAGAUGAUGCUGCUAUGGCACGUCGCUUACAGGAGGAGAUGUAUGGUGGUGGUGGCGGAGGAGGCGGAGGUAAUACCGAUGAUGAUGGCGUGCGGGCUCCUAUGGCACGUACGACGGAAACGCUGGUAGGGCCCGAGGCGGAUUUCGACGACGGUGAUAUGCAUGCCAGUAUUCUCGGUCAAUUGCGGGCCCGCCAGCAACGAGGAAAUCGACCGGGUAUCUUCAACCAGAGAGAUACAUCGUCCAUUUGGGCUGGCGGUGCUGAAGCUUCCAGCCGUGAUAGGCUCUCAGCAGCUACAGGGGGUGCUUCUGAUUCCUCGAAUAAAUCGAAUAUGCUUGCAGAAAUGUACCGACCACCGUUCGAAAUAAUGUCGAGGCUGCCGUGGGAUUUGGCUCGCCAAGAAGGCCGUGAUAAUGAAAAAUGGCUUCUGGUUAACAUCCAAGAUUCGUCCGUAUUCGACUGCCAGGUAUUGAACAGAGAUCUGUGGAAGGACCCUGCAAUUCAGGAAACGGUGAAGGAACAUUUCAUCUUUUUACAAUAUUCCAAAGAUGAUCCUCGUGCUGCGCCAUACCUGCAGUACUAUUUCCAGGCAAGCGACAUUUCUGAUAACUAUCCUCACAUUGCUAUUGUCGAUCCUCGGACCGGUGAGCAGAUGAAGGUCUGGUCUGGUCCACCUUUAAUUAAGCCUGCCGAUUUUCUCAUGCAACUUCAUGAGUUUCUUGAUCGAUACAGCUUGAAGCACAAUGUGCGCAACCCUGUGGCAAAGCGCAAACCAGAGAAGAAGGAAAAGAGUAUUGAUGCAAUGACGGAGGAAGAGAUGCUGGAGAUGGCCAUGAAAAAUAGCCUAGGCGAAGGGGCGGUGCAGCAGCAGAAGGCCGAAGACCCCGAUGACCUUACUCGCAGCACCGAAGAUGUCAAAGGCAAGCGCAGAGCUGUUGAUGUGGAAGAUGCCAGUAUGACAGAAGCAGAAAAGGAGACCGAAGCAGAACCUUCCCCGUUUGCCUCUAUCCCAGAGGAUCGGCCACACACCGAACCCCCCGCCGACCCUGCCACAACCACACGCAUCCAGUUCCGCCAUCCGUCUGGAAGAGUAAUCCGACGUUUUGCUGUGUCAGACCCUGUGCAACGCAUCUAUGAAUGGUUGAAAGCCAAUCCGCCGCUGGAAGAUAAGUUAGGCGUGGAAUUUGAUCUCAACGCUAUGGGCCAGAACUUGAUCGGCCAACUCGGUACCAGUAUCGCAGAUGCUGGUUUGAAGAACGGCACCGUCAUGAUAGGAUACAUGGAAGACUAAACGAUCGACUCGGUUACUUCUAAUCACGGAUACGAUAACUAUGGACUUUGCAUUUGAACAGGGCGUUAAAUUUAGAGACACACAGUCCAAUCCUGAAUGGUAUGGGCUGCGUCUUUAUCGAUUUCUUUAUUUGCCUUCUACAUUGGUUCCUGCAUACUAUAGAUCUCGAUCACUGAUGGCCAUUGUACAUUGGGCAGUAUCUAUGGUGGACUGAGGGCUGGAGGGGUUUAAUGGAGCUGGGGUAUCGGAGGGGCUUUCUGCUAUGCUAUCAUGAAGAACUAUUUAGAUCUGGAAGAUAGCCUCGAGUUCAUAGAAUACAGCGUGAUUCCAUUUUCCUGUCUCUACAGCCUCUCC